GUGACAGGAAAAAGGCGACACCAUAAAAGGACGUCUGCACAGUGGCUCUUAAAGCAACAUGCCAAGCUCAACUGACUUCAGUCCGGGAAAAUACUAACCGCUGCUCACAGAGGCUGGGACAAGUGCUGCUAGGUAAGUACUAGAAUCUGUGCUUUGACAACAGCUUCAGGGAAAACUUUAAAAGUCUAAUUCAAAAGAGGCCCCGACCUGCCACCACUGGCUCCUGAAAUGGCAAACAACUUCACCACGCCCUCCCCAGCCCCUCAGGGAAAUGGCUGUGACCUCUACACACACCACACCACUGCCAGGAUACUCAUGCCUCUACAUUACAGCCUCAUCUUCAUCAUUGGGCUGGUGGGAAACGUGUUGGCCUUGGUUGUCAUUGUUCAAAACAGGAAAAAAAUCAACUCUACCACCCUCUAUUCAACGAAUUUGGUGAUUUCUGACAUCCUCUUCACCACCGCUUUGCCUACGCGGAUAGCCUACUAUGCCCUGGGCUUCGACUGGAGACUGGGCGACGCCUUGUGCAGGAUAACAGCGCUUGUGUUCUACAUCAACACGUAUGCGGGCGUCAACUUCAUGACCUGCUUGAGCAUUGACCGCUUCUUCGCUGUGGUGCACCCGCUACGCUACAAUAAGAUGAAAAGAGUCGAAUAUGCAAAAGGGGUUUGCAUAUUUGUCUGGAUCCUAGUAUUUGCUCAAACACUCCCACUGCUCAUCAACCCCAUGUCUAAGGAGGAGGCCGAAAGGACUACAUGCAUGGAAUAUCCAAACUUUGAAGACAUAGAGUCGCUCCCCUGGAUUCUGCUUGGUGCAUGCUUCAUAGGAUUCGUGCUUCCCCUCGUCAUCAUUCUCAUCUGCUACUCUCAGAUCUGCUGCAAGCUCUUUAGAACUGCCAAACAAAACCCUCUCAGUGAGAAAUCGGGUGUGAAUAAAAAGGCUUUCAACACGAUCAUUUUUAUUAUUGUUGUUUUUGUUCUCUGCUUCACACCUUACCACGUUGCAAUCAUUCAGCAUAUGAUUAAAAAGCUUCAUUUCCAUGAUGUUCUAGAAUGCGGCCAAAAGCAUUCAUUCCAGAUUUCACUGCACUUCACAGUGUGCCUGAUGAACUUUAACUGCUGCAUGGACCCUUUCAUCUAUUUCUUUGCAUGUAAAGGGUACAAGAGGAAGGUCAUGAAGAUGCUGAAACGUCAAGUCAGUGUGUCGCUCUCCAGUGCUGUGAGGUCAGCCCCUGAAGAAAACUCACGUGAGAUGACAGAGUCACAGAUGAUGAUACAUUCCAAGACUUCAAACGGAAAGUAAACAGGACUAUCGUGGACUUAAAGCAACCUGGGAUGGCCAACUCUGCAGGACUUCUAAGGCAAAUGAUCAUUCAACUUCCAACUGGGAUUGCUUUCAAUUCUUUUCACUGUGCACUAUUCCCCACAGUCACUGUGGAAGUAAACUGAUUGAUACAUGAGCUUGAGAGAACAUAAAGCAAGUUCUGAUUCAUAAAGAACGUAUCAAUAGGGAAACUUUUCCUUUUUUAGUGGCACUGGUAACUGAACCCAGGGCCUUGCACUGAACUACAUCCCCAUUCUUUUUUAUUUUUAUUUUUUCAAAUUUGGAAAAAGUCACUCAGGCUGAAUGACCCUCCUGCUUUGGCCUCCUUGAGUGCUGGGAUUACAGUGAUGUGCUGCCAUGUCUAGUUAAGAAGCCAUGUCUAACACAAUAUAAAAAGGAAGGUUUGUGCUAAUAAAAACUCAAUUUUUACUGCCAAUUUCAUGCCAAUAGUUUGGCAAAAGAGAAAAGACUGAUUAGAUUGUAUACUACCAGUGUAAAAAUGUUAAUACUGUACAGUAUUUUUGGUAUGUAUUUCUUAAAUCCAUUAUGCUAUUUUAGAUUUUACGCUUCAGUUAACAUUUUUGCUUUGUUGUUUUUGUUGUUGUUGUUGUUGUUGUUCUGAGUCAUAACUGUUUCACAGAAUACUUUUGGAAUAAAAAAGUAAGAUGCCACACA